CCCCCCCCCCCCCCCACCCCCCCCCCCCCCCGCGGCGGCGGCGCGCGCAACCUGCUCGACGGAAGGCCCCCGAGGCGGCCGAUAUGUACGUCGUGAAGCGGGACGGGCGGACGGAGACGGUGCACUUCGACAAGAUCACGGCGCGGCUCAAGAAGCUCAGCUACGGGCUCAGCCAGGAGCACUGCGACCCGGUGCUGGUCGCGCAGAAGGUCUGCGCGGGGGUAUACAAGGGCGUCACCACCAGCCAGCUCGACGAGCUCGCCGCCGAGACCGCCGCCGCGCUCACCGCCUCCCACCCCGACUAUGCCUCCCUCGCGGCGAGGAUUGCGGUGUCCAACCUCCACAAGAACACCAAGAAGUCCUUCUCCGAGACGAUUAAGGACAUGUACCUGCACUACAACGAGAGAUCUGGGCUGCUGUCUCCGCUGAUUGCCGAGGAUAUCUACGAAGUCAUCAUGAAGAACGCUGCUCGCUUGGACAGCGAGAUAAUUUACGACAGGGACUUUGAUUAUGACUACUUCGGUUUCAAGACUCUGGAGAGGUCUUACCUCCUGAAGCUCGGUGGAGUUGUUGUUGAAAGGCCGCAGCACAUGUUAAUGAGAGUUUCAGUAGGGAUCCACAAGGAUGACAUUGACUCUGCCAUCAGAACUUACCAUCUCAUGUCCCAGCGCUGGUUUACUCAUGCUUCGCCAACCCUUUUCAAUGCUGGCACCCCGAGACCUCAGUUGAGCAGCUGUUUCCUUAUCUGCAUGAAAGAUGAUAGCAUCGAGGGAAUCUAUGAUACUCUGAAGGAAUGUGCUGUCAUCAGCAAAUCUGCUGGAGGGAUUGGUGUCUCUGUUCACAACAUUCGUGCUACUGGGAGUUACAUCCGAGGAACAAAUGGAACAUCCAAUGGAAUUGUUCCUAUGUUACGUGUCUUCAAUGAUACUGCUCGUUAUGUAGAUCAAGGUGGAGGCAAGAGAAAGGGUGCCUUUGCUGUAUACCUGGAGCCCUGGCAUGCUGAUAUUUUCGAGUUCCUUGAUUUGAGGAAGAACCAUGGGAAGGAGGAGAACCGCGCAAGGGAUCUUUUCUUUGCUCUCUGGGUUCCUGAUCUAUUCAUGCAAAGAGUACAAAAUAAUGAGGAUUGGUCCCUGUUUUGUCCAAAUGAAGCUCCGGGGUUGGCUGAUUGCUGGGGUGAGAAGUUUGAGGAAUUGUACAAGAAAUAUGAGAAAGCAGGCAAAGCAAAAAAGGUUAUUCCAGCACAGACCCUCUGGUUUGACAUUUUGAAGGCACAGAUAGAAACUGGCACACCUUAUAUGCUCUAUAAGGAUUCAUGCAAUAGGAAAAGUAACCAGCAGAAUCUGGGCACAAUCAAAUCUUCAAACUUGUGCACUGAGAUAAUUGAGUUCACAAGUCCUGAGGAAACUGCUGUCUGCAACCUAGCAUCUAUUGCUUUACCACGUUUUGUAAGGGAAAAGGGUGUCCCAAUAGAGUCCCAUCCAUCUAAGCUUGCUGGUAGCAAUGGAUCAAAAAAUAGAUACUUUGACUUUGACAAGCUAGGCGAGGUUACUUCAACUGUUACUUUCAAUCUAAACAAAAUAAUCGAUAUGAAUUAUUAUCCGGUUGAAACUGCAAGGAGGUCUAAUAUGCGACACAGGCCAAUUGGUAUUGGGGUUCAGGGCUUGGCAGACACAUUCAUGUUACUUGGCAUGGCAUUUGAUUCACCUGAGGCUCAGCAAUUGAAUAAGGAUAUUUUUGAAACUAUUUACUACCAUGCUCUGAAAGCUUCUGCUGAACUGGCAGCUAAAGAAGGCCCUUAUGAAACAUAUGAAGGGAGCCCUGUCAGCAAGGGUAUUAUCCAACCUGACAUGUGGAAUGUAGUGCCAUCGACCAGAUGGAACUGGCCAACUUUGAGGGAAACUAUUUCCAAAGUUGGAGUAAGAAACUCUCUUCUGGUGGCUCCAAUGCCCACAGCUUCCACUAGUCAGAUUCUUGGCAACAAUGAGUGCUUUGAACCCUACACAUCUAACAUAUACAGUCGGCGGGUUCUAAGUGGGGAGUUUGUUGUGGUUAACAAGCAUCUUCUCCAUGACUUGACUGAGAUGGGUAUCUGGACACCUGCUCUGAAAAAUAAGAUAAUUUAUGAAGAUGGUUCUAUUCAGAAGAUGGAAGAAAUCCCUGAUGAUCUUAAAGCAAUUUACAAGACUGUUUGGGAGAUUAAGCAGAAAACUCUGGUUGACAUGGCUGUUGAUCGUGGAUGCUACAUCGACCAGAGCCAGAGCCUUAAUGUCCACAUGGAUCAACCAAACUUUGCAAAGCUAACUUCGUUGCAUUUCCAUGCUUGGUCCAAGGGCCUGAAAACUGGGAUGUACUAUUUGAGAACAAGGGCAGCUGCUGAUGCAAUCAAGUUUACUGUGGAUACUGGCUUUCUGAAGGUCAAUGGGGAUGCUAAUGGCACUAAUGGAACCAAUGGCAAACUAGCAGAGGAAGACGACGAAGCCAAAAUGGCGCAAGUUGUUUGCUCCUUGAACAACCGGGAAGAGUGCCUGGCAUGCGGGAGUUAGAUGCAUCCGUUGCAUCUAUUUUUCUCUUAACCAAGGCAGCAUUACACAACCAAACGGUCUGAUCAUUGGCGCUUAAUAAUGUGAGAAGUGAGUCGUUUAUGUAGGUGUGGUUGGGUUUAAGAUCUGAUGAGUUCCUUUGCUGGGCAGCCCGUGAUAGCUGAGUUGCCAACGUUGGCUUGUGUUGUAUUUGUACUAUCUAAAAACAUGGGUUGCUGCAGCUGUGUAUAUAUGUAUCAUUGUUUGUGUUAUUGAUUUGUCCUGUUGGUGUUGUUAUACUUA